GGCGCAGGAGGUUGGCGCUCUAGCGGCAGGAGCCGGCGGAAGGGGCUGGAGCUUCGGUGAGGGCUCGGCCGGCUUUCCAGGCUGUUCUAGUAACUUCCAUAGAAUAUAGAGUCAGGAGCCGGCGGGAGGCAGCAGCAGCAGUACGGCCGCCGGGCGCGACACACAGGCGGACAUGGCCAAGUGGGGAGAGGGGGACCCGCGCUGGAUCGUGGAGCAGAGAGCGGACGCCACCAACGUCAACAAUUGGCACUGGACGGAGAGGGAUGCCACAGGAUGGUCCACAGAUAAGCUGAAAACGCUGUUUAUGGAAGCGUCGGUGACCGGGGAGGAGGGUACCUGCGAGGUGACUGAAGUCAGUAAGCUGGAUGGCGAGGCCUCUAUCAAUAACCGCAAGGGGAAACUCAUCUUUUUCUAUGAAUGGGUUGUCAAGCUGAACUGGACGGGGCAGUCGCCAUCAGGCGUGAAAUACAAAGGAUAUGUGGAUAUUCCAAACCUGUCGGAUGAGAAUGACCCUAGUGAGGUGGAGGUCAGAGUCUCUCUUGCCAAAGAUGAGCCAGACACCAACCUGCUAGAGCUGAUGAGAAAGAAGGGGGUGCAGAGGCUCCGGGAGGUUGUGGCGCAGUAUAUCUCCACCCUAAAGACAGAAUUCACACAAGGAAUGAUCCUGCCAACGGCAAACGGUGAAUCUCACACGGACCUCCCCGACCUAAAGCCAAAAGUCUCGCUGCAAGCGACCCAAAACAACAAGCCGGUAACAUGUCAGAACACGGGUGUUAAAAUUCCUACCUGUAAGGUGACCAUGAAAGAGACGUUUCUGACGUCACCGGAGGAGCUGUACCGGGUGCUGACCCAGCAGGAGCUGGUACAAGGAUUCACUCACUCACCUGCAACCUUAGAGGCAGAGAAAGGUGGCAAAUUCCAGCUGCUAGGAGGGAAUGUGUCGGGGGAGUUUGUGGAACUGGAAUCUGAGAAACGUAUUGUUAUGUCCUGGCGGUUUAAGACAUGGCCAGCAGGACAUCAUGCUACCAUCACCCUGACCCUCACAGACAAAGGGGGGGAGACCGAGCUGCGGAUGGAGGCGCGGGGAGUCCCCAAGAGUGAAGAGCAGCACACGAAGGACGGGUGGAAGCGAUACUACUUUGAUGGCAUAAAGCAGACCUUUGGAUACGGGGCAAUGCUCUUAUAAUACUGUAUGAGGACGGGUGGGAAUUUUUUUUUAACCAGUGUAUAAAUAAGAAAAUAAUGUCAUGUGGACUGAACCUUGUAUUUAAUGUAUUGGGGGGGGGGGGGGAUGACGUGUCUUGCACUGAAAGACAUUUAUCCGGUGUCUGCGGCUGGACUAGUGGAGUGCUGUACAGUAUCUUGUCGGAGCAAUAAAUGUCUUUUCAAUCA